AUAGCUGUUGUGGCACUGGUGACAAGCGGCGACAGGAGGAUAUAUGCGCUUCCUGGGCAGCUGGCUGACGUGGAAAUGGUGUAUGGAGGUGAAUACGGGGAUGAAGACGAGGAGCCUCAGAUUUCUGCCGCCAUGAAGCUUCCUGUCGAAUUAGUCCAGCAGGUGUACCAACACCUAUUGCCGGGAGGAUGGUGGAGCAGCAUGACGAGCAUCCUAUCACCUAUGAGAUCUACACCAAUGUCGAACCUAAGUCGCGAGAGUAUCAUGGGCAAGUGGCUUUCGAGAGAAUGCAGCCUCUUGAGCUUGGAGAAAUCUGCCUUUGUUGAAGUUGGCUGUACAGACUUCAGCGCUGCUGUGCCUGGAUCGAUGCCGGGAGAUAUGCGUGGAGCGAUGAAUUUUACAGUGAGCCUGUGCGGCAGGUUCUUGAUGGCUGUGCAUGGCCGCAUUGCUUACAUAUAUGAGCUGAAUCAUGUGUGUUUUCCAGAGAGGUUGCUGUGGUCGCUUCCGAUUCGGCGCAGACAGGGGCUGCCACUGGGAUUGCUGCGUCCGGUGGCAAGGAUAUUGUGUCCGAGGAGAGUGAUUUCUUGCAGUAUGGAUACUUCUUCUGAGAGAUAUUCUGUGGCGUUUCUGAUGGAGGGCCGGGUUGGGAUGGUUUGCGAUAUCACGACUGAGAGGACGGGGAGUUCGAGUCCUGCGUCGAGCUCGGCCAAGGCAAAUGAACCAACGGCAGCAGCAGAACCUGGAUCUGGAUCUGGAUCUGGAUCUGGAUCUCGAGUAUCGUCUGUAUCGGUAAUGUCUUUAUCAUCGUCGACGCAAUGCAUUUGCCAAGAGCGACUGGUAUGUUACCUUGUGCCACUAGAAGAUGGUCCGAGAUCGCUAUAUCGCAAUGUCUGCCAUCCAGAUGAUCCUCCGCGAGCAGUUGCCAUCUGCCCUCAGAGAAAAUGCGUGGCUUUUGGAUGUGGUUCCGGUAUUGAGCUGCACUGGGUUGAUGCCAUGACUGGCCAGAAUCUCAGUCGAUGGUUUCCACUUACAUCUCCAAGCGACUUUCUCUAUUUCCUGCCGCCACGAAGGGGAGUAGACACACCGAGGAAACUGAGACUGAUCAGCUCAGCCGCUGGCCUGGGCAAUCCUAUGGACCUACUAGAUGGAAUUCUUCACGGAUUCAGCACGUCGCUAUUGGGAUCAGGGAGCACAGCGAUAGUGUCGUCGCUGGAUUCCGAGCCUUGGCAUGCGCGGCGUGAAUAUGGAAUCCCUUUUGCGGCCAGCGGAUCGAGCCAAGAUGUCGAUGUGGAUCAGGACGAAGAUCUCUUGAGUACGAAUGUACCACAAGAUAGCCCUAUUCGGCGGCUGGCUGCUGCGAGUGCCGACCAUUUUCGUGCGGUGCCGUUGAGUGACGGUUACCAUAUCCUCUUUACCGACCCUCGUACUGGAAACCUAUGUUUGGGGUCUGAUGCUCCUGUAGGCUCUCUUACUCGUCUCCUUCGUAAGAUCUGGUUUCGCCCUCCCCAACAAGCGUAUUCACCUGCACCGCUAUUGUAUGCUGUUGGAGCUGAUACGAGACAUGGUGUUCGUGUCGUCGCGACCUUUGCGGCCCGACGACGAGAAGAAUUUUUCGGGGUUUCUGAUAUAGGCGUAAGAAGAUUUGAUAAUAGGGACUCUGGGAAACAGCUUCUUGUUUUUUAUACAGUUCCGCCGGAUAUCUUCUACGAUAUGCGUCGGGCAGACUCUGAGGCUAGAUCUACGGGAUAUCACUCUCCUGAAGAUCGGGAACCAGGACGCUCCGAGUCAAGAUACAGCCCCGUCGACAUAUUCAGCGACCCUUUUGAGGAGAACUCGGUUUAUCCAAUGGAGAUACAUGGACAUGUGGUGGCGACUUGCGGGAACCUUACAGAAAUUGCACUAAACUCUUCGCCAGACUUGAUAAUCUGGGCCUUUGCCGCGGAAGGAUGGGCUAAGACUUGGGUAUUGGAUAUCGGGAGACGGACACCUAUCAUGCGGUCUGCUGCUCAACGAGACGGGAGUAUUAGACAAGUUGAUGCUGAUGGCGAUGUCAUCAUGACUGACUCUUUGCCUUCUCUGGACUCGUCCUCGGAGAUGAGUUCCCUAGAUUUUAACCUCUUUGAUGGCGCCCCGAUCAGCGACACGCGUGGCGAGCUGGUGGUGUCAAAGACAACGACGGUACGGCGCUGCCAUGGCAAGAGGCAUCGUGUGCGGGGGGACAUUUAGCAGAUGCAGGAUCAUAUGGAUGAUACUCUGAGUAUAGACUUGGUGGAAGAGGUGGGUAGUAUUACGAGGUUGAAUGUUGAGCUCUUGUCCUAGACGCGGGCAUAACUCUGUUGGAGGAUUGAGCUUGGAGUUGUUAUUAUGAUUAUGCUGG